GAUGCCUAUACAAAGAACAAGGGACGAGUAGACAAGAGCCGUCUCUUUAACUGUCUCCGGCAUUAUAAUGACGAUAUUACCCUUUCUCGCCGCCGUAUUCGUCCUCCAACUCCUCUCAACUCUCACGGUCGCGGAGAUCAAGUCUUUCACUAUCUCCAACGAUUCUCGGCCAGUGAUUCUCUUGGAGAAAUUCGGUAUUAUUGAGAUUGGUCAUGUAACCGUCUCUGUUUCCUCUGUUUCAGUAUUGUCUCCGAUUCUAGACUCGUCGAAAUUAGGGUUCUUUGUUCUAUCAGAAGAAUCUCUUCCUCAUGUACUCCUCGAGCUCCAGCAAAACUUUAGCUUCUGCGUUCUUGAUUCACACUACAUACUUCAUUUCUUCACCUUCGUCGAUCUCUCUCCUCCUCCUCGCUCCCAGUUCAGUAAAUCUUAUCCGAUAACGUCUCCAAACGAUUACUCUCUGUUCUUCGCUAAUUGCGUACCAGAAACUAGGGUUUCGAUGAAGGUCCACACGGAGAUUUAUCACGAUCUAUAUCCAAACGGGUCAAGAGAUUACUUACUAGCCGGGUCAGCCCAGUUACCGGGUUUGUAUCUCGUCUUUUUUCUCUGUUACUUGAGUUUCCUCUGUUUCUGGCUCUGUUUCUGCUGGAAUCAUAAGCAAAUUGUUAAAAGGAUUCACCUUUUAAUGACGGCUCUGCUUCUAGUGAAAUCUCUGACUCUGAUUUGUGCUGCUGUGUAUAAACACUACGUGAAAGUCACAGGCACAGCUCAUGGCUGGAACAUUGUUUUCUACAUUUUCCAAUUCAUUAGUGUUGUUUUGCUCUUCAUGGUGAUUGUUCUAAUCGGAAACGGUUGGUCUUUCUUGAAACCGAAGCUACAUGUUAAGGAGAAGAAAUUGUUGGUGAUUGUUGUUCCGCUUCAGGUUUUAGCUAACAUUGCUUCCAUUGUGAUUGGAGAGACUGGACCGUACACCCAAGAUUGGGUGAGUUGGAACCAGAUCUUCUUCCUAGCUGAUAUAACUUGCUGUUGUGCGAUUGUAUUCGCUAUGGUUUGGUCCAUGUGUUGUCUAAGAGAGACAUCGAAAACCGAUGGGAAAGCGGUAAAGAACUUAGCCAAGUUACCAGUUUUAAGGAAAUUUUACGUUUUGGUUAUUGGAUAUUUGUUCUUCACGAGGAUCGUUGUGGUUGUUAUGAAGAUGAAAGCAGAUUUUACGUAUCAGUGGGUGAGCAAUGCAGCUGAGGAAAUUGCAACUCUUUCGUUUUAUUGUUUGAUGUUUUAUAUGUUUAGGCCAAUAGAGAAGAACGAGUAUUGUGAUGUUGAUGAUGAAGAAGAAAUUGUAGAGCUUUCUCUCAAGUAAGAAGAUUUUUGUGUUUUAAGUUUUACACUUGUAAGGUGAUCAAGUACUAUAGUGUACGUGGAAAUGUAUGCAAUGAUUACAUUAAUAAGCAUAGUAAAUUAACAAAGAAG